AUGUCCAGAAACCCAGACGUGGGGGCAUCUAUGGAGGAUUUCAUUUCAGCUUUCAAUGCUUGUGAUGGUGAUGGCUUCGAAGCGUUCAGCAAGGAGUUGCUCCGCCGGGCUGGUCGAGCCCUGCUUCGUCGAACAAAGGGCUCCCUGUCCGGUGCCUUUGCAACCCUUGACAUUACGGGCGAAGGGGAGGUCAGGCUUCCAGGUUUCCGAGCUGCGUUGCUACAGUUUGGCGACUUGAAUCUCACUGACGAGCAGAUGAACAAGCUCUGGCAGCUUGCAAAAGUGAUCGGUGGCUGCAAGGAUGAUGCCAUGGAUUUUGUGUCUUUCAAGACCGUCUUUGGACCCAGCGCAGUGGAAGCCGCAAGAGACGAAGGUGAUGGCUCAGCUGCAAGACCGGCCCCGCGCGAUCCUGGGCCGAGCCUGGAAGAGUCCUGCACGCAUCUCUAUCGGCUUCAGCGGACAGAGGUGCUCCGAGCAGCAAUCUUCCGUUCUGCUCCAGAGGUCUACCUUCCUUUCGAGCUACUGGCCGCAGCAGUCCGGGAGGCUGCGCCAGAGCUCUCCGACGAUGAGGUGGCUCAGGUGUGCCGUUUGGCGCCUCAGAAAGGCGGUCCGCUCCACGGAGAGGAUGCGUUUUCAUAUGGCCAUCUACUGGAGCGACUGGAAAGUGAGCGAAAGGACUUCCAUCCCUUGAACCCGCGUGAGCGUGGUCCAGCCGCUGAUAUGUGCCGCUACGUCGACCAGCGUCUUCAGGCGCAAGGCUUUGUUUCGCUGGCUGCUGCCCUGGAGGAUGCUGAGGUCCUGCGCGCCGACAUCUUGCUAGAUCGACUGCUGACCUACCUUCCGCAACCAAUCCGUCCAGAGGACCAGCGCGUGGUGGAGAACUUGCUGCGCCUUGGGCGCCCGCUCCGCAGCGGAACUCUUGAUGUCACCGAGUUCUGCCAGAGGUUCGAGCUGCUGGCGCGCAGUGGAGCUGCUGCAGGCCGAGAACCGGUUGCGCCAGCCUGGGUCUAA